UACACAGGUCUGUCUGAAACUGCGGAAGUGCGGAACUGCAGAGACUAGAAUCUAAUGUACUCAUGGCCGUUUUGGGACUCCUCGGCCCGCUUUGAUAAGUAGACUAAACUACUAGGUAACAUGUUGAAUGAAGAUCUCGCUUGGCUCUGUUGUGACGCAGUUUUUUUAUUCAACACAUUUGCGGACAAGUCCUCAUUUUCUUCUUUGAAGCUAUGCCUGUUGUGAAGCCUGCAUCCACCUGGACUUCAGGGUCCCUUAAGGAGCUGAAAACAAAUCUGCAACAAGAGAAGGGUGCUGUUGUGAAAGUUUACCGUGGCAACAUCAUGACAGUGCAUGUCCCAACUGUAGCAGAAUACCAGCGUGUAUGUUGGGAGUUUGCCACUGACAACUAUGACAUUGGCUUUGGUGUAUACUUUGAUUGGUCACCAAUCACCAACUAUGCCAUUACUGUUCAUAUUAGUGAGUCCAGUGAUGAUGAAGAUGAAGAGGAGCAAGAAGAACUAGCGAACGUUGCUGAUGUUGAAAAAGGAUGCAAAGUGACUGUCAACACAAACUUGGGAGAGAUUCUGCCAAUGUAUCGACAGGACAGUCACCAUGCAGUCCAAGGUGGCAGCCAUGAAUUUCCUGGGGAGGGCACCUAUCUUCUUAAGUUUGACAACUCCUAUUCACUUUGGAGAAACAAGACUUUGUACUACAGAGUGUACUAUAGUAACUAAAGUAAUGGAGUCGUGCAUAGGAGCCAUGGUGGUGGAGUGCAUUACAGUUGUACCUGCUGCCUCCAAGCCUUUCUGGAGCUUUCUUUGAGUGGUCCUUGGCUCUUGGGCUACUCUUCUAACUCCCUGGUCAGAAAUCUUGCGAGGAGAUCCUGUGCAUGGCCGGUUGAUGAUGCAGUGAUGUUCCUUCUACUUGCAGAAAAUGGCCCCAAUGCCGCUUACUGGAGUUAUGAAAUGCAUCUGUAACCAAUUCCAUUGAUGUUUUGCAACAAUAAGGUUUCGAAGGUCUUGGAAGAGCUCUUUGCUUUUACCCAUCAUGAAAUGUUUCUUGUGUGACACCUUGGUAAUGAAAAACCUUUUUAUAGCCCAUCAAUACGUACGUAGCACAGAUAGAAGGGAUAAUUACUCUGACUACUUACAGAUUCCAGCUGGUGUACUCUUUCGUAGCGGGCUCAAUACUUUUUUUCCCUGUGUCAUUCCACUCUAUUGCACAUAACUCCACUUAUGGACUUUAAUGUGUGGAUUUUGUUUAUAUGUGUGGAUUACCUGAGUUAAUACUAAUGUCGGGUGAAAAUGGGAAUGGCCUCACUAGAGGUAUACUUACUGGAAAAAAAGGUUGACACGAUCAGUACUUAUUUCCCCCGCUGUCCCUUUCUCGUUAAUGCAAUAUCUCAGAAUGCCUUGAAGCACAUUCUUCAAAUUUGGUAUGAACGUGCACUUGGACUAAAACAUCAACUUGUUAGAUUCCUUCCAUCUCUAUAAUCUAUGCAUUAUACCUUGCAAUACAAAUAUAUGUCGACCAGAAAUGCUGUGUGGACAAAAUCAUUGUAGUAAUUCUGGGUAAAUAAAUACUUUUUAUUUUAGUUAAUGUAACUUUCGAAGUGUACUACAGCACUAAAGUUCACAUUGAAAACAAAGAAUUGGAAAUGUGUAGUGGGUUACUGCAAGCCACUGUAUAUGGAUGUAUAUAUUGUGGACAUUUAAUAUCAAUAUGCCAUGUUUUUCUUUUUCAUGCUAAUUAAUAUAAAUCACAGUUAGUCACUCUGUCACCAGUUGUCACAUUGCAACAUAGAUUGGCUUGCAAAGAAAGUUUCUAGCAAGUUUCACUCCGCAGUGUUUGCAAUCCAUGAUAUAAACAGGAUAAGGCCCUUACCCUUACAAUUAUUUUGGGGGAAAGAAAAAUGGACCACACAACAUAAUAAUGUACACAAAUAAUGUAUAUCAAGGUUGUAAUGGUAGUUAGCAUCAUCCAGUGUGUUUUCCCCCAUUAUGGUUGAAUACAUAUGAUAACCAUAACAACAUGAAUAACACAACAUAGGUCAUUUUGUAAUAUAAAUACAUUCUGAGUGAAAUUCUAUUAAUAAUAAAUAUAUACAAAUAAUAAUAAGAGAGAGAGGGAGAAUGGCCGUUUGGCCACAUAAAUGUCAAGACUGUAUACCUGAAAUGGACCUCUUGGUGGCCCUGUGUCUGCGUAUUGUCUGUCAUGUAUUGUCUUUGUCUUAUUUUAAUGCCUGCUUUUGUUUACAUUUUCAUGUGCUUGUCUGUUAUCCAAUGUUCCUUGUUUUCAAUAGUUUGAUAUCUCUCAUUGCAAAGCGGGCAUAUUCUUAGACUUCUGUGAAGCAUUAGUUUUGUAGAAUCAAUGGACCUAAGCCUAUAUAUUGUGCAGUUGUAAUAAAGUAUUUCAGAAAUAUUAAA